ACAACGAGAACGCCGAUCGAGAAGCGGGAAGCUUUGCUGUGCAAGGCCCCCUGUGUGUUGUGCUGGCCACAGCUGACGGCUUCCGCGGCGCUCAUCCAGGAAAGUCGCAUUGAUUCCCGCGGCUGCGACAAUGGGACGCGACGCUACUCAGGAGAAGAGAGCGCUCGAACAGCUUAAAGAAGCUGUACGGGACAUUUGGCAAGAACAGUUCACCGACCCCUACCUGCUGCGAUGGCUCAGAGCACGAGACUUCGAUGUGACCAAGGCGCAAGAGCUCCUACGCAAAAAUCUACGAUGGAGAGCGGAGAAUGAGGUGGACACCCUGGUGGAACGGUACGAGUGUCAUCCGGUUUUGAAGAAAUACUUUCCCGGUGGAAUAUUUAACCACGACAGAGAAGGUUGCCCUAUCUACAUCGUUCCAAUUGGACACGGCGAUUUCAGAGGCAUGCUACAGUGUGUGUCCAAAGAAGACAUCGUGAGACAUGUGAUCUACACGAUGGAGUUCAUGCAACGCGACAUGGACAGCCAAACACGAAAGCUGGGAAAGACAGUGAACACGUUCCUGUUCCUCAUAGAUUACGAAGGCUUUAGCCUCAAGCAGGUCACCUCCUGGCAAGUCCUAGACCUCACCCGCUCGUUGACGGGGCUUUAUGAAAACCAUUAUCCCGAAACGCUCAAGCUUGGUAUCCUUAUAAAUACGCCGAGCUUCUUUCCCAUGUUUUGGAAGUUCAUUCGGCCAUUCAUGACCGAAAGAACUGUCAACAAACUGCACCUGUUCACGCACGAUGGCUGGCAACAAGUUCUGCUGAAACACGUAGACCCGAGUCAACUACCGGCGCACUGGGGAGGCACGAUUGUCGAUCCCAUAGGAGGUGCUCGCUGUACGCACGUGAUUGGUCCCGGAGGUGAGCUUCCAGUUGCCGUAUCGCGCGGCGGAGGUGGGCUGGCUACCGAUCCCGAAGCGGUGAAUUGCUUUCUGGAGCACGGUCGCUCCAUCGAAGUGCCGGUCCACGUCGAGGCAGCGGGCGCCAAGCUCCACUGGCGGUUUCAAGCGCGAGACGUUUCCUUUGCCCUGUGGAAGACGAACGGUGAAACCCGCGUCCAGAUGCUCGCGCCGCGAAGGAUAGCCUGCGACCGGGACCCCGAGUGCGGACAGAUGCUGUGCAAGGAGCCCGGAACAUACACUUUUUUCUUCGACAACAGCUUCAGCUGGUUUACCGGAAAGCAACUCUCCUAUGUGAUACGAGUGCACCACGAACCCGUUGCAAGCGUCGAGGACACCAUCAAGAGCUGAGAAAUCUUUGUCAUAAAAGUGAAGGGUACAAAAUAUGUGAAGUGCCAUCACAAAGUACAUCCUAUGGACUGAGACGCCAAAAAAAGAAAAGCGUCUUCUCUCCUUCGUGAGAAGCUUUACAUUUUACGUACCUCGAAAAUAAGAUGUACAGUUGCCAUUCUGUUUAUCACCUCGUGAUUUUCAAUAAAAAAAAAGAAGAAUACUGAAGUACCGGGCACCGUAUGCAAAGGAAAGAGGUUCAGCGUCCGGAAAGGCGCGCAGUAACUAAACAAUCAAAAGGGAGCGACACGCAGUUCUAUUUUGUAGGUCGUGCCGCCGAAGCACCGGGCGCGCGUCGACCAGCACAAUACGCCAGUCUUAAAAGGACACUAAACUGAAACAAUAAAUUAGUUCGAAGUGAUAAAUUAUACUCUGAAAACUGUAGUGUUGUUAAUCUCAUCAACAUAGAUUUAUUAGUAGAUGAGAAACUCGGUGUCGAAAGUUUGACUUUUGAAUAUCCAGACGAAAUCUCCGGUCAUGAAACUUAGUAUAUUAAGUCUCUGGCUCCUUCAGAAGACAAUGUACUUCAUUUUUAACGACUAGGAACUGUGUAGGCCCUCGUAGACGACGUCGAAACAUAUGACGUCACGGCGACUGGUGCGGGAACAUUAAUGUGGCGUC